AGUCGGGAGGGGAGGCUCGUUAGAAGAAGACUCCUCUUUCCUGUUCUUCUGGGCGACGUGUCACGACUCAGGUUGCAGGACAAUGUAUGGAUUACUCCUGUCCCGACCGGCCGGCUCACCCUGGGGAAGUGGCAAGUGAGCGGAGCGGGCAGCACCAGGAGGAGUCAUCAAAGCUGGCGGCGUUCCAUCACAUCGCAAAAGGACUCUGUAACGAGGUGCCUGACAACACUCACAAGCUGGUUGGAUACAAGCAGGAGAGGCGCAGGAGUGGAACCACCCUUCACAGGCUGGGUCAGAGGGGAGCAGCAGAAGAAUGCUGGUCCUGGGUGCCCAGGGGCAGGAUGUCGUUGCACUGGCAGAGAGUCGCGGCCGUUAGAUGGUUCCUCUUGAUGCUCUUGUGGCAGUGGGCAUCCCUGGGCCCCCUCAGCUGGGUGCUGGCCCUGGCUGAGCCCCACAACCCCCACCCCUCCUCGCCCUUCUCCUCCGUGGCCGGCCGCAGCAGUGGCCAGCUGGACUGGCUGCUGUCCGACAAAGGGCCCUUUCACCGCUGCCCGGAGUACACCGAGUUCAAGGAGCGCUUCCAGCAGGGCUUCAGCACCCGCUACAAAAUCUAUAGGGAGUUUAGUCACUGGAAAGUGAACAGCUUGGCUACGGAGAAGAGAGAUUUCUUCAAGGCUCCGCUGCCCUUGGCACCUGAGUUCCUCCGAAACCUCAGGCUGCUGGGACGACGGCCGAGUCUGCAGCAGAUCAACGAGAAUCUGAUCAAGAAAUACGGGACCCAUUUUUUAGUGUCUGCUACACUCGGUGGGGAGGAAUCGCUCACAAUUUUCCUGGAUAAGCAGAAGCUCAGCAAAAAGUCGGAGGGGAACGGCAACAGCUCGCUGGUCUCCCUGGAAAUCCUGCACCAGUUGGCAGCCUCCUACUUCACUGACAGGGAGAGCACUCUGAGGAGGCUCCAUCACCUGCAGAUCGCCACCUCCGCCAUUAAGGUAACCGAGACCAGAACGGGGCCCCUCGGAUGCAGCAACUACGACAGCCUGGAUUCCGUGAGCUCCGUCUUAGUUCACAGCCCUGAAAAUAAGAUCCAUCUAAAAGGUCUCCAGGAUGUGCUGCCAGAGUACCUGCGGGGACGCUUUGUGGAGGCCGCCCUCAGCUAUGUGGCGUGCAACUCGGAGGGAGAGCUGUUGUGUCGUAACAAUGACUGCUGGUGCCGCUGCUCGCCCAAGUUCCCGGACUGCAACUGCCCGUUUGCUGACAUCAAAGCCAUGGAGGAGAGCCUCCGCAAGAGCAAAGACACCUGGACCAAUUCCAACAAUGAGUUCAUGGGCUCAGAUGAAUUCAAAGCCUUCUUGAAAAAGCUGCCCACUGAUCGAUUUCUCAACACCUCUGCCAUCUUGAGGUACUGGACAUCGGACAGCUCUCUUCAGCGGCGCUACGGGCAACUGGAGGCCGGCACCAAGUUGGUGCUCGGCAAGGCCCAGAAGAUUGUCCGCAAGCUCUUCACACUGAGCAAACGCUGCCCCAAGCAGCCCAGGAUCAGCCUGCCCAGAGAGAGGGCACUGCAGUUCUGGCUGAACCGAGCGCAGUCGCUGCUCUACUGCAACGAGCACGGCCUCCUGGGCACCUUCUCAGAGGAGACGAGGGGCUGCACCUGCCCGUCCGAGCAGCCGAGCGCCUCCUCGUGCCAAGGCGGCGUGCCGUGCCAGGUGGGAGAGGGCACCUCCUGUUCCUCCUGCGCCGCAGACAACAUCACCCGCUGCGGGGCGUGCCACCCGGGCAGCAUCCUGCACACGGGCGGCUGGUGCCGGCCCAACAUCGCCGCCUCGCUCGACCACUACGUCAACCUGGACUUCGACAUGCCCGACGCCGAGAUGCGCUACCUGCUGGGCCGCCUGGACAGCCGCGUGGAGGUGCACGCCAUCUACAUCAGCAACGACGUGCGGCUGGGCAGCUGGUUCAACCCGGGCUGGAGGAAGCGCAUGCUGCUCACGCUCAAGAGCAACAAGAACAAGUCCAACCUCAUCCACAUGCUGAUGGGCAUCAGUUUCCAGAUCUGCGCCACCAAGAACAGCACGCUGGAGCCCGUGCCGGCCAUCUACGUCAACCCGUUUGGGGGCAGCCACUCGGAGAGCUGGUUCAUGCCGGUCAACCAGCUGGAGUUCCCUGACUGGGAGAGAACUAAGCUGGACGGCUCGCUCCAGUGCCACAACUGGACUCUGGUGAUGGGCAACAAGUGGAAGUCGUUCUUCGAGACGGUGCACAUCUACCUGCGCAGCCGCAUCGUCACCGACGACCCGGCCGUCAACGAGACCCUGUUCUACGAGCCCUUGGACCUGGACGACCACACCGCCAACAACAUGGGCUACAUGAAGAUCAACAGCCUGAAGGUGUUCGGCUACAGCAUGCACUUUGACCCCGAGGGCGUGAAGGACCUGAUCCUGCAGCUGGACUACCCGUACACGCAGGGCUCGCAGGACGCCGCCUUCCUCAUGCUGCUGGAGAUGAGGGACCGCAUCAACCGGCUCUCGCCGCCGGCCGCCCAGCCGCUGGACCUCUUCUCCUGCCUGCUGCGGCACCGGCUCAAGCUCUCUGCCAGCGAGGUGGCUCGGCUAAGAGACUCUCUGCAGAGCUUCAGUGCCAAGCUGCCCAACUCUCAGGAGCCAGAGCUCGGGCAGCUAUGCAGCUAGCCAGACUACGACACGCGUCGCUCUGACAUGUGUAGAUGGGUUUUGUUUGUUUGUUUGUUUGUUGGUUUGCGUGCGGCGCACAUCUGUGUGUUCAAGGAAUACAAAAAAACUUGCUGUCGGUAUGUCGUGCUGGCCGUGCUAACACAGAGCAAGCAAACAUGAAGGGUUUUGUGACAAUUCCUGAGGACUUGUGUGGAUAUCUGUGUGGCCAACCUGAACUGAAAGUCCACAUUCGCUGUUCAGCUUCAGGCAACAUCCCUCUGUCACAGCA